AUGUUCGCUCGCUUCGGUGCUCUGCUUGUCCUUGUCGGUUUUGUAUCCGCUGCCACGGUCGAGAAGCGGGCAGCUCCAGUUGACCAGCUAGUCGGGUACGCUACCCUCAAUGGUGGCACGACUGGCGGCACCGGUGGAGCGACGACGACUGUGACUACGCUCGCCGACCUGCGUGCAGCGGUGACCGGCGCAACUCCCAAGAUUGUCAAGAUAUCCGGUAUCAUUACUGGUGACGGCGAGGUCGUUGACAUCGGGAAUCACACUACUGUUGUCGGGAUCGGAAGUAACUCUGGCCUGACUGGUGGUGGAUUCCGCGUGAAGAAAGCAACGAAUGUUAUCCUCCGCAACCUGCAGCUCAGCAAGUCUCCCCAUCCGACCGACUUGAUCGAGAUCCAAACUUCCACGAACGUUUGGGUGGACCACAACACAUUCACUUCGGACCUCGACCACGGCAAGGACUUCUACGACGGUCAACUGGACAUGAAUCACGGCACCGAUUUCGUGACAGUCUCCUGGAACGUCUUCCAGCAGCACUUCAAGUGCUCGCUCGUUGGGGGCUCUGAUAACACCGGCAGCCAGGACUCGGGUCAUCUCCGCGUCACAUACCAUCAUAACCACUUCUUUGAGAUCAAUUCGCGUACACCUUCGCUUCGCUUUGGAACUGCGCACAUCUUCAACAACUACUUCGAUAACGUUCUCGACUCCGCGGUUGACUCGCGCGAUGGGGCACAAGUUCUCGUCGAGGACAACGUAUUCUUGAACACCGACAAUCCGAUCGAGACCACGCUGAAUGGUGGCUUUGCCGUGCAACGCGACAACAUAUUCACGAACUCGACGCUUGACCCCAACAUGGCUGUUGGCACGUUGACCUCCGAGUCGUACUCAUUCACCCUGGACCCGGCUUCCAGCGUUGCUUCGAUCGUCACGGCCAGUGCUGGCGCCGGGAUAGUUACAGGGCUUUAG